UGAAUAAAAGAGUGUAAACCUUGGCUCACUGCUGGGCUGCAUGCUAACAGUACUCUGUCAUCUCACAGUGCUCUCGCUGCUAGCACACGUAGCACAGAGAGUUGGCUAACAUUAGCUCUCUUUCAUGUGGGCCUCGUUUUGUUUGUUCGCUCUCUGUGUCCAGAACAGCAAGGCCCUGUAGGGGGAUAUCUGUCAGCGGCGUGUCUAAACAAGAAAAGGCCCAUAUGCUGGAUUAUUUGUAUUUUUCUUCAUUUUUGUGUCCUCUUAAUCUUCUUUCAUGAUCCAAAUGACAUUAGGGAUUAUUUGAUGCUACACUCGUUUUGAUAGUGGCGAUUUAACCUGGUGAUCAUCGAUUGAGACUUUCCCCCGUUGGGUUUAUGAAUGAUCAAUGUCACGGACUUGGUUUGACGAGCAGGACAUCAAGGUUUACAGUGUGUGUUCAUGGGGGUGGCUCUAUUGGUUUAGUUUAUUUAGUUAAUGGCCUCUUUUACAGUGGUAGUCAUGCUUGGGCUCAUCAAUGGCUGCCCUCAGCUCUGGAGCAUUGUGCUGUCUCCUUUUUCUACUCAGUCCUUUUUUCCCUUUUUAGAUCAAUGACUGUGAUGGAUGUGGAUUCUUAAGAAUAGAUCAACUCUAAUCUCAUUCAAGACUUUCCCAUGUGACCACUUCUUGAACCUUGUCCAAAGGCUGUUUUUCUAUCUAGCUAGUGCUAGAUAUUUGCCUUUUAGGCUGCCUGUACCUAGACGUUCUUUGCCCACUGCCACAUCCACCUCUACCAGGAGCCACCAGGGCUAAGAGCCUGAACUGGUUCAGCGUGUGUCCUGUGGUGGGUCCAUUCCCGAGGAGGAUUUUCUUUAAGAGGACGAUGAAUGGGACGACAUCCUUGGAACGAGGCUCUCAGUGGCACUGACAAAGGAGGGGCUGAACUCUCAAAGAACCCCAUUCAUCACCAAGGACCCCCCCCCUUUCUUCUCCUCCUCUUUCUUCCUGAGAGGAAAUGAGAUGAGAGCGGAACCAGAGACAGAAAAAGCUACAGGCUUUGAUUUGGGCAUUUCUUUGAAUGAAAGAAGCUCUUUUUUUUUUAAUAUAUUUUUUUAUAUAUUGAUAUGAUUUGCUGUGGAAAUCUGAUUUAUUGUUUGGGCUGUUCAGAACAUGAUGUUUAGGCUAGUUAACAAACCUAUGUAACAGGUAAAAACCCUGUAGUUAGCUAAUAAGACCAAGGUUGACUCCGUAAAGCUUACUAAAGUGAUCUGGUGCAGUGGGUUUCUAGGAAUAGGCUAAACAGCCUUUAGGGACACCUGUUGUUAGAGCUGGGGUUUGAGUGGCUACCAAGAAGCACCUUCGCUUGACACUCUCUCUUCCAUGACUGUCUGAGGCAAUUUCCUGUGAUUCACCGUCCAUUUUGAAGGUGCAAAUCCUUGCGUGACAUAGCCUAUGCAAUUGUUUGUGUUUUCGGAAUCAUUGUUUUCAAGGCAUUCCGCUUUUGAACGAACUUGCGUUGGACAGAACGAGCGUCUUGAAUGUAGGUAGGUGGGCAAAGUGAGACGCAAACAAACUCGUCAAUGCAUGGCCCUCAUCAGGACUGAAGCCCUUGUCUCUCCGUUGUCUCCUAGAGGACAGGCACACACAGCCUACUCUCUGUUGGGUGGCCUUGUUUGUUGUGCUGAGGCACGAGUUGUGGCCCAGCUGAAUCAAGAGGACUUGUUGCCAUGGAGAUCCUCUCCAGUGGCACCCCAUGGAACACAAACACCCAAGUCUAUCUGACUGUGAUGACCAAUGAUUAUAGACACGCAUAGGAAGACAUGGUGAUCAUGAAGGCCAUGGUUCUGAGGUCCAAGUACAUUUUGUGACACGUCGGGUUGCACCUUAGAUUUGUCUGGCUGAGGAGGAGGUAAAGACCGAGUCCGAGGGGGUAGAGGGGAUGGAUGUGUCCGUGCGAUCCAAAGUGUCUGACCCUGGGUCAGCAGAGCGGGCGCUGGUGGCUCAGAAGAGGAAGGUGUCCAGCCCCACCCACUCCUCCAAUGGCCACUCCCCCUCAGACACCUCCCCCAGCCCCCUGAAGAAGAAGAAGAAACCUGGAGCCGUCCAUAGCAACAACAAAGACCAGUCAGAGCUAAGACAUGGUCCCUUUUACUAUGUGAAGCAGCCAUCACUCACCACAGACCCUGUUGAUGUUGUACCGCAGGACGGCAGGAAUGACUUCUACUGUUGGCUGUGCCACCGCGAGGGCCAGGUGCUCUGCUGUGAGCUCUGCCCGAGGGUGUACCAUGCCAAGUGCCUCAAACUGCCAGCAGAGCCCGAGGGCGACUGGUUCUGUCCAGAGUGUGAGAAAAUCACAGUAGCAGAGUGCAUAGAGACACAGAGCAAAGCCAUGACCAUGCUAACGAUAGAUCAGCUCUCAUACCUGCUGAAGUUUGCCCUCCAGAAGAUGAAACAGCCAGGGACUGAGCCCUUCUGGAAGCCCGUGUCUCUGGAGCAGCACCCUGACUAUGCCGAGUACAUAUUCCAUGCUAUGGACCUCGCAACACUGGAGAAGAAUAUGAAAAAGAAAAUGUAUGGCUGCACAGAAGCCUUCUUGGCUGACAUGAAAUGGAUAUUGCACAACUGCAUCAUCUACAAUGGUGGUAAUCACAAACUAACAGCAACAGCAAAGGUCGUUGUGAAGAUCUGUGAACAUGAAAUGAAUGAAAUCGAGGUCUGUCCAGAGUGCUACCUGUCCUCGUGCCAAAAGAGGGACAACUGGUUUUGCGAGCCAUGUGGUCAUACCCACCCCCUGGUGUGGGCCAAGCUGAAGGGCUUCCCCUUCUGGCCAGCCAAAGCACUACGGGAGAAAGACGGACAGGUGGACGCACGCUUCUUCGGACAGCAUGACAGGGCGUGGGUUCCCAUCAACAACUGCUACCUCAUGUCCAAGGAGAUUCCCUUCUCUGUGAAGAAGACCAAGAGCAUCUUCAACAGUGCCAUGCAGGAGAUGGAGGUCUACGUGGAGAACAUCCGCAAGAAGUUUGGGGUGUUUAACUACGCCCCCUUCCGGACCCCCUUCACACCCAACAACCAGCUCCAGAUGCUGCUGGAUCCAGCCAACCCCGGGGCAGGGGCCGUGAAGAUGGAGAAACCCGACAAGAUGCGCUUCAACUUCGACAUGACCGCGUCUCCCAAGAUGCUCCUGGGCAAGAGCUCUCUGUCGAGCGGGAUGGGGCGGAGGAUCUCUCUGACGGACAUGCCUCGCUCUCCCAUGAGCACCAACUCCUCUGUACACACGGGGUCUGACGUGGAGCAGGAUGGGAUGGAGAGAGGGCCCAGGAACCCCCCAUUCCACUACAGUGCUGGGGAGGAGUCUAUGGACUACACCGCGUCCCCUGGGUCAGUGAAGAUGGGCCAUGCAGGCAGCUUGACGGGCAGCCCCAAGCCAUUCUCCCCUGGUCUGGUGCCCAAGCAGGAGAGGGCCCCGGGCACAGGCAGCAUCCUCAAUCUCAACCUGGAUCGUGUGAAGGCUGAGAUGGACCUGAAGGAGCUCAGUGAGGCAGUACAGCAGCAGCAGCAGCAGCAACAACAACAACAACAGGGGUCAUCACUCCUCACCACCGCCCCCAAGAGACCAAUCAGGAGCCUGGACAAGACCAUCGAGAGCUGCAAGGCCCAACUCGGCAUUGAUGGGAUCUCUGAGGACGUGUAUAAGGGUGUGGAACACAGUGACUCAGAGGAUUCCGAAAAGUCUGACUCCAGCGACAGCGAGUACCUUAGCGAUGAGGAGCACAGACAGAAGAGCGCCACCCAUGACGACAAGGACAAAGCAGAGAGGGAGUCAAGGAAGAGGCCCAAGGCGAGCGCACAGGGAGAGGACAAGGAGGCAGUCACAGAGACCAGGGAUAAAAAAAACUCUGAAGCCCUGCUCAAAGACAGACAGGGCAUCAAUGGCCCAGAGAGAGACUCCCAGGAGAAGCCCAGGACGCCCCAGACUCAGCCCCCCACAGACAUGCCCAAGGCCCCAGAGGGGAGGGCCCUUGCUGGCCCAGACCAGGACUCAGACUCGGAGAGGGAGCUGGUUAUUGACCUGGGGGAUGAACAGGGGGGUCGCGACCGUAAGGCCAGGAGGGAGCCAGGGGCCGGAGUCGCUAAGGCCAUGAAGGAGCCCCUUGGCACCAAGCUGGAAGGAAAAUUCCCUGCCGCGGUGACACCCUCUCCAGCCUCUGCCACUUUGUCCAACCUCAAAGACCCCAGUCAGCCACUCAUCAACCCUCCACUCAACCUGUCCUCCAGCACAGGCUCUGGUCAGCCCAACACGGCCCUCAGCACCACCCCCUCUCCAGCCCCCACCUCUGCCCCCACCCUCUCCUCCGCCGCCUCGGCAGUGAAGAAACAGCGCCCUCUGCUGCCCAAAGAGACGGCUCAGGCAGUGCAACGUACGGUGGUGUGGAACCCGGCCAACAAGUUCCAGACGUCGUCCCAGAAGUGGCACAUGCAGAAGGUGCAGCGGCAGCAGCAGCAGGAGGAGCAGCCGUCUACGCCAACACAAACACAGGUUCCUGUUCCGGUCCAGGUGCCGACGCAGACCCAGGCACAGACACGCAGCCCACAGCAGCUCCAGUCACAGCAGCAGUUGCCGGCAUCUUCCAGUAUGCGCUACCAGACCAGACAAGCAGCAAAAGCCGUGCAACAGAAAGAUGGUCCCCAGACCUCCACCUCAUCAGUCACCUUGGUCACCUCUGGUGCCGCCUCCUCCUCGUCUUACCUGGCAGGAGACUUUCAGAUCCCCACAGCUUCAGCAGAUGUGGCAGCUGACAUAGCAAAGUACACCAACAAAAUGAUGGAAACGAUAAAAGGAACGAUGACAGAAAUCUACAACGACCUUUCCAAAAGCACUUCAGGAAACACAAUCGCAGAGAUCCGGCGGCUGAGGAUAGAGAUUGAGAAACUUCAGUGGCUACAUCAGCAAGAGCUUUCGGAGAUGAAGCACAAUCUUGAACUGACUAUGGCGGAGAUGAGACAGAGUCUGGAGCAGGAGAGGGAGCGCCUGGUGGCGGAGGUGAAGAAGCAUAUGGAGGUGGAGAAACAGCAGGCGGUGGAUGACACCAAGAAAAAGCAGUGGUGUGCCAACUGCAGGAAGGAGGCCAUAUUCUACUGCUGCUGGAACACUAGCUACUGUGACUACCCCUGCCAGCAAGCCCACUGGCCAGAACACAUGAAGUCCUGCACACAGUCAGCAACAGCUUCUCAGCAGGAACCAGAGGCGGAGUCUACCUCUGACCCUUCAGCCAAAUCACCAGGUCACUCCUCCAGUGCCCAGACCCCUUCUGGUACAGGAUCUGCUGCCACAGACAAAGGCCCCUCUUCUACCUGCUGUGUGGACAAGAGCAAGGACAGUGCCAGUGUUACUGUGCCCUAACCACUACACUGCACACACACACACACACACACACAAUUUUACUCUACAAUCCUGCAGUCUGUAAAAUGUAUGUAUCUGUUGCAAAGAGACAGAUCCAAUAAACCAAGCCUUUUUGCGACCAACUAAUCUGGGAAUGUCCAGCGAAUCUCCGUAUGAAAGACCACAGAGGUAUCAAAACCACCCUCACCCUCUCCUAGCCAGGCUUAGGGCUUUAAAACGCCAAGGACACUCCUUGCAUAAAGUCCUGCUCCUCUGUGAUUCAGCUGACUCAUCCCCUGUCCCGUGUUUUGUUCAACGUCUGCCUCGUGAUCCGAUGUUUUAAGCCAUCCUUCAUCCUCCUCAAAGUCUAUUUGCUAGACUGGAGGAUUCACUUACCUUGUCCUUGUGACUAGUUCAUCUGGAUAUCAAACUUCAGUCUGUAUACAUUUGAACUCUCUUUCCUCUUUUCAUCCUAUUUUUAUAUCCCUCUUACCAUCUAUCCUAACGCUAGUUAUCUACAGGAAAGUACAUCAAAAGAUCAGACAUCAAUGUUUUGUGUGUUCUUACAACAAUCUUAAACUUGAAACCUGUGAUGCUGCUCUUUAAAAUAUACCACAAGUCUUUAUAGUUAUUUGCCACCAGAAGUGAAACCGAGCACAUUACUGUGCCAGCCCUUUUUGGUACACCCUAACAAUCUCAAAUGUAAAUGAUUCUACAUUGUUAAUGUGGUUUAAAAGGUAUUGUCAAUGCGGUUUAAAAGUUUCAUAAUUUUGUAAGGAUUUGACAAGGGUGUAUUUGAAAAUCCAUGAACAGUAUACACAGACAUUUCAUUCAAAGGGAUAGCAUUAAGUUGGUAAUCACCCCCCCCCCCCGUGUGUACGUUAUUGUUUCAUACUCGUAUAUCGUAGUUCCUCAGUGUAUACAUAGAUUUUAAUAAACUGUGAUGUAUAAAAACUAUAAAAAGGUUCAAACUGUACAAAGUUUUUGUAAUAAGACACAUGGACAAUAUUUAUAGUGCUAUGACAAGCAUAUGAGAUUUUUUUUUUUUUUUUAAGUACUGUUUGUGAAUGAAAAUCACUUUCCAAAUGUUUUGAAACGGCUCAGCUCUGGAAAUCAUUUUAUUUAAAUGCAUUGUAAGACAUUAUAUGAAUGUCACCUGGACCCUCUGUUCAGAUUCUGUCAGAACUAUUUGUCUCAUCAACCUUCAAUGGUUUGGUUAUUCAUUAACAAUGUAAGCCUACUCCAGAAUGACUUUCGACCAUGAUAGUGUUUUUGGAGGGUAAAGGAAACAGCAAAACUGACUGACUGUAUAUUAUUCUGAGCAUGUUUAUUUACCCCUUUGUUUGUCAUAUAUUCUCUUGUUUACAUAUUGUACAUAUAGUAAAUGGAUUGUUAAUGUCUUUAAGAAAAAAAAUUAAACCGGUCUGACCAAUGUUUUUAAAAAGUA